AUGAAAUCUAAUGGUUAUGGUAAACCCAUUCAAUGCUGGGUUCCACAAGAAUUCACACAUUCUUGGGAGGAAUAUGCGGAAAAUUUGUGCUGGGUUCAGAACACUUAUUUCUUACAUCCAAGCGAUCAAGUCCCCGAGGACGAUUAUGAAUUGACAAACGUGAAGCACAUCGGAUACUAUCAGUGGAUCGCUAUUGUGUUGGCCGGUCAAGUUAUGCUCAGUUGGAUCCCAUAUUUGCUAUGGCGUGUCGGUUCUAAACGUCUUCCCAUUUUGCUCCGCUCGGCUAAAGAGGCAUCAGUUCCGGACCGGGAACUGCGACAGAAAGCUAUAUCCUGUCUGGUAGCCACAUUGGAAGAACAGGCCGAGUCCACUGCCCGUCAUCGUCGAAUGACUAGUAAUUUGCGACGAUUUCUAUGUCAACUGCGACCAAACACACGAAUCACUUUUUUAUUCUUUAUUGUUCGCUUUUGUUUCUUAGGCAAUUCUAUUGGACAGAUCUAUCUGAUGAAACGUUUUAUCGGAACAAAUAGUACAAUGUUUGGAAUUGAUGUGUUGAACGAUUUGAUCACUGGGAAAGAUUGGGAAACCUCAGGCAAAUUUCCCCGAGUCACCUUUUGUACCGUGCGCGUGCGCNAGAUGGGACAGAUUAAACCGGCUAGGUGA